AUGGCUGCCAAAUCAGUUCUAUGUCGGUUCUCUUCACCUAAGAGGGCUAUUUUUCAGCAAGGGCCACUUUCAAUAGCAAGACUUUCAAAUUCAUCAGGAAAAGGAAAGUCCCCUUCUAAUGAUACAUUGUUUACACCCCUAAUUCUACCUCUCAAAGAAUACAAAAAUGAAACCACUGAGUUAACCCGUGCCCGCCUACUUUACCAAAGCCGGAAAAGAGGGAUGCUGGAAAAUGGCCUUCUUCUCAGUUCUUUUGCAGCCAAACACCUGGAUGAAUUCAAUGAGAAGCAGUUGUCACUCUAUGAUAAACUCAUUAAUGAACCAACAAAUGAUUGGGACAUCUAUUACUGGAUUACUGGUGCACAGCCUACCCCAGAGUAUUUGGACAAUGAGGUCAUGAAAAUGUUAAAAGAGUUUGUGAAAAAUGAGAACCGUACUAGCAGACUCACACAGCCUGAUCUCUAA